AAACUGUCAGUCGUGCAUUUUUUCUUUCGUGAUUGUCAAUUGUCAAACGUUUGUUUGGCGAUAAAAUACCAAAUAAUUUUGCCAAACAAAUCCUUGAUUAUCACCCCAAUAGUAUGAUGUUAUCGAAUUUGUAUCAUUAUACGUGAAAUAAAGUGUAAGACCGUGGACUGUGCCAAACUUAUUUUAAAAGUAGGUCACUUGUUUUGCAAAUUUGGUUACCGGAAGUUCGAGGUGCAAGCAACUCAGAGUGCCCAAAUUAAUGAUAGAGGCAGUGAGUGGACAUGGCAGAAAAUGACGAUUAUUUAGAUUCUCUCGAUAACAAUCACUUGGACGGCACCAACGGUUCCUUGAACAUGACUGACAACAGCCUCGGAGGUGGUGAUGAGGCAUCUGGAAAUAAUGAGGUACCUGAUUUGGCUGCUAUUAAGGCAAGAGUGAGAGAGAUGGAAGAGGAAGCAGAGAAGCUGAAACAGAUGCAAACUGAGGUGGACAAGCAAAUGAGCUUGGGAAGCCCACCUGGCCUCACGAGUCCCCUGAAUAUGUCCCUGGAGGAGAAGAUAGAAGCUGAUAACCGGUCAGUGUAUGUUGGCAAUGUGGACUAUGGAGCUACAGCUGAAGAGCUUGAACAGCACUUUCAUGGAUGUGGCUCUAUAAACAGGGUUACAAUUCUUUGUAAUAAGUUUGAUGGACAUCCAAAAGGUUUUGCCUACAUUGAAUUUGGUGAUAAAGAUAGUGUACAGACUGCUAUGGCUAUGGAUGACUCAUUAUUCAGAGGGCGUCAGAUAAAGGUGAUGCCGAAGCGCACGAACAAGCCGGGGCUGUCGUCCACCAACCGGCCGCCCCGCAGCAUGCGCGGGCGAGGCCGGGGCUUCCGCGGCGGCUUCUCGCCGUACUACUCGGGCUACCGGCCCGCGCGGCGCGGCAGGGGCUUCAGGCGUGGUUCGUACUACAGCCCUUACUGAGUGCGGUAGAGGGGCGCCGGCCGCCGAGCCCCGGGCGCCCGCUAGCCCCGGCCAGCUCCACCCGGGCUCCCCGCGCCCGCUCUAGGCAGGGACACCCUGUAACUUUAAGCUGAUCAUUUAAACGAAUGAAUUCUAUUUUUAUUUGUAUAAGAUUGAUUAAUGAACUGACUUUUUGAAAUGUUGUGCUAUUUGUGUGUAAAUGAAACAUUUGAUGGGAAAUGUAAGACAUUCUAGAGCCAAUCUGGAAACACUAGGCUAGCCGAUACUGUACUUGAAUCUAGAUAAUGUUAUUGCGCCUGUAGGCUGACGCGGUUUGAGAUACUAAGAAGCAGAUUUUCAGCCACAAGGAGGGACACUUCUGAAUAUAGAUAAAUUAAAUAUUAGGUCAACACAAGUAUAUUUUUGUGAAUAGUUGAACCUGAUAUAAUUGUUGAAAUGUUAGGUAUCUAAGCGUAAUUGUUACGAGUAAUCUAGGACUGCUAGUUAUUAGAUUUUCUCGUGUCAUGCUCUAGUGAGGUGAUUGAUACCUUGAUCAUUAUCACCGUGCGAGUGGCUAUUGUCAUACAAAUUUUAAUAAAUAUUAUUCUCUAUUGAAAGUAAACUGUUAAUAUCUUUAUUAAAUAUAACAGAUUAGCGCAAUUUAGCACUGUAAUUAUUAUACUUAUUGUUUAAAUACACUAGCGCUAUUUAUAGCGACACUGACAUAAGCUCACAACGUGAGACUAGUAAAUGGCACGCGUUUUACUAGAGUAAGGACUAAGUGAAGUAUGAUAACUGUCUUCUUUACACGUUCUGUACUCCAGAUAACAAUUUCAAAAUACUUUUACAAUUACAACCAUCAUAUUUGAGAUGUUAACACAGCAAGAUCUAAUUGUCUUUAUUUUAUGGUGUUUGCACAUCUGCACAUAACACCUGUAGAAGUCACUGCUCAAUGUUGCCAGCUAACUGUAAGCUAUAUCUAUGACCAUGUAGCUAUAGAUAAUGGAGCCAGCACUACUAUAAGAGCAUUUUGAAGUAAAAUACCUAUGAUAUCUCUUUUCAUAUGUGGCACACGAUGACUCGUAUAAUUAAGUUUCACCGCACUUCUACCUAUGUAUAUACCUCGCAAUACACAAGAAAUGGGUCACACGGGAAACAAAAAAAGAGGUCGGACCACCAUGAAAAAGAUAACAAUAUAUGUAGGCAUUUUACAUCAAAGAAUUUUUAUUAGUACUGGCUCCAGUAUUGCCUGUAGCUUCAUGGCAUUAACAAUCAUUUAGUUAAAAUCUCUGGAUAUGUUGACACCUAGCAUAUUGUUCUGAUGUCUUGGAGGAACCACUAAGUAUUGUGAAAAGGUAUAGGAAUGUAGCUACAACUUUGUAGUGUGUAACAUUUUUUUAAUACUUAACAUCGCUGUAUUAGUACCUGGUACCUGGCUAGCAAAAAGAUCACUAAAUUAAGAAUAUUUAGUCUAAAAUAUUUAUCAGUAUUUUAUAUCAAUUCUGUUUGGCUCUGGCUCCACCAACUUAUUUCUACAGAAAAUUAAAUUAAAAACUUGUAUUUAAUUUAAUUUUCUGUUUCUGUUCUUUUAUUGGGAAAGAUUGGUGUAUCCUUAGCAAUCAAGUACAAUUGUUAAACCCAAUCUUGUAUUUCCUUCGUUUCUUUUACAAAAAAGCAAACAGCACUAUAUAAUGAUUAAUAAAAAAAGCAUAAAGUGCGAAGUUAUAAAUUAUGCAGGUUGAAGAAUAAUUUAAGAAUAGUCUUAAGAACA